AUGAGGUUUAAUGAAGGAAAUUGGACUGAUAGAAAUCCUUGUGAGGAGCUUCGUCUUGUGAACACUGAAGAUCUUAUGCAGGCAUGGAGUAACGGACGGCUGAGAUCGUCUCAACAUAGAGUUGUAUUAAGAAAGCUGGCGAACAGAGUCUCUCUGGCGUUUUUUCUCUGCUUUGAGGAUGAGAAAGUGAUACUUGCGCCACAGGUAAUCGUUGUUGAGGGAAACUGCAGGAGCUACGAGUCGUUUAAGUGUUCGGAGUAUCUGAAAUUCAGGCAAAGUAAUGAAGUAGGAAAGUCUGAGAAGAUUGGUUACACUGUCAGAGACUUUGCUGGACUAAAUGCUGCCUCAACCCGAUGA